AUGGGCACUUUCCGGACCGAGUUGCAAAAACUGCAACGUCAGCAAAGUGUCAUCUCCAAGAUGAUCACGUCGCUCAAAGAUCAAAACGAGCAGUUUUAUCGUCAGGCAACUGCUUUCCAGGCUCUCCACGACCGGCAUGAAAACUCGAUAAACGCCAUUCUCACCUUCCUGGCUACCUUUUACAACCGCAGCUUGGAUGGACAUUCUGGCCCCCCUAAUUUGGCCAGCUUCCUCAGCAGUGCUUCCGUUCCGCAGCAAGCCCAGCAACAGGGUAGUGUCUUUGACAUGGGCGAUGGCGACAUGAACGAAGGCAGUGCCAACACUACAAACAAUCAGCAACUGCAGCGCUACCAAAAACGACCCUUACUAUUACCCGCACCCGGUGGGCAAAAUCUUUCUGCCUCACCUUUCUCAAAUGCCACUCCUUCUGUCCGCUCGUCGACCAGCCCUGGCCCUUUACAACAAGGCCAGCAGCCAACACAGUAUGGACCGCGUCCUCCCCAACCGCGACCCCAUCAACAACAACCACAAAGGGCCUCAGUCACCCCUGUGAUCAAGGACGACGCACCCACACCCGACUUGUUAAACCAAUACCCAGAAAAUGACGACGUAAUGAACCUCAUUCACAAUGUAAAUGCCAGCAACUCACCGAAUAAUGGCGGUGUUGCCGGAGACUACGAUAUCAACAGCGCACUGGAUCACUUGCAGGCUGUCAACAGCAGUAGCACACUGACCCCACAACAACGGGAAGACAUGCUCUCGAUGAUAGCAGCAUCGGGGGCUACAGGCCCAGGCGCCACCGCUGCUCAGCCCGGUGCCAACAAUGCUCUUAUGAUGCCCAACCCACCAGCAAUGCCAUCGCUCGAGGCGCUCAAACAAAAUAAUGCGCAGCUCGAGAUGCUAUCCAAGAUGCAACAAGAGCAAGACUCCAAGGUAGCAGAUCUUGCAGGACGUUUGCAGCCUCUCUCACCGACAGGUGCUAUACCAGGCAUCAAUGCCAACAAUUUUGAAGAGUUGGGUAAUCCAGGCGAUUUCGAUAUUGACAACUACCUCGAGGAUGGGUACUUUGCGAAUCUCGGAAACCCGGAUGCAACGUCUGCGCCUCAGCAAUCGACCUAUCCAAUGACAUCUGCGCCGCCACAGGGCAUCAACGAUGACUUGGGCUUUAACUGGGAUUACGCGCAGACGAAUGGCAUGCCUGACACAGACGACCUGUUCGGUGAUGUUGGGGCAACAGGAGUCAAUGAUGGAAGUUUGGGCAUAGAUGAGCGUGGAGGCAGAGUCGUUGGCAGCGUUAGUUCCGCAGGCACGAGUCCACCCGACGCGACAAAAGCAGCAGGCGAUGAAGAAGAAACACCGAGUAAAAAGCGCAAGACGGGCACUUAG